CUUGUUUUUUAAUUUCACUCUCAAAGCAUUUUUUUAGCCACUUAACAUUUUUAAAAAUUGUAUUACUUUUAGUUAGAGCUGAAAGGGCUCAGCUAGCAUCUGCUGUUAAUGACCAGUAUGUGGAGUCUGAUUUAGCUUUCCAGAAUUGACUUUUUGGGUUGUGUUGGCAAAUCACAGUCCUAAAUGAUGAACGUUGAAUGAUGCACUAUGUUUUUGUUCAAGUGAAAUUUCCUGAACAUAAUUAAUUUCAGAAUUAAGGGAAAUUGAUGUUAUCAUGAGGCACCAUAAAAAACUAUAUUUUAAAAGCUGAAGGCAUUUCAAGCAGAUGUAGUUCUUGAUGAAGCAGAGAGAACAUGGGCCUGUGAUUUGGGAGACCUGGCUUCUAGCUGCUACUGACCAACUCUGACUCUGGGAAAGUGGGCCUCAGUUCUUUUUUCUGUAAAGUGAGGAGAUUGGACUGUUUGAAUUCAGAACUCGGAAAGUUGGAAGGGAUCUUAAAGCCCUCUAAGAAAGAGUUUGGGAAUGUUCUUCAUUGCUGUCACUUUUCCUCCAAAAAUAACCUGGCUUGGAAAUCAUUGGUCCAAAGGGAAUUUGACUCCCCAGAGAAAUCGGAGAAAAGGUAAUACAAGUAGAGAGGAACAGCUGUAUUUCUGCUUGAGUAAUAAACCCAACAGAUUCUGGUACGAAUUUUGGAGACGUAAAGAGAAUGAGUGUAUGUACCUUAAGUGUAGCAGUUUCCUCACUCUCUCCUGGCAGAAGACGCAGCACUUUUAGUAGUGCUGGGAUUCGGGGAUGUGUUCCGAUUAAUUCUAAUACAGAUGAAGAAGAUGUGGUAGAGGGAAAGAUGGUGGCAGAAGGAAUGGAUAAAGAGACAAAAUUGCCCGCUAAAAAGAAAAAGAAAAAGGGUUUGCGAAUUAAGGGGAAAAGGCGACGGAAAAAACUGAUCCUUGCAAAAAAGUUUGGUAAGGAUUUGGGAUCUGGGAGGCCUGUUGCAGACGCCACUGCUUUGUUAGCUUCCAGUGCUCCUGAGCAGGAUGAUGAAAGUCCUUUUGAGAGCAAUAUAGAAAAACAGAUCUAUCUGCCUAGUACCAGAGCCAAGACUUCCAUUGUGUGGCACUUCUUUCAUGUUGACCCCCAGUACACCUGGCGGGCUAUUUGUAACCUCUGUGAAAAAAGUGUUAGCAGGGGUAAACCAGGCAGCCAUCUUGGGACAUCUACCCUUCAACGACAUCUGCAGGCAAGGCAUUCACCUCACUGGACCAGAGCCAACAAAUUGGGAGUCACUAGUGGGGAGGAGGAUUUUACUUUGGAUGUACCUUUAUCUCCUUCUUCUGCUGGAAGCAAUGGAAGCUUUGAAUAUAUCCCAACUGAUCCAUUAGAUGAUAAUAGAAUGGGUAAGAAAAGAGAUAAAUCAGUAUCUGAUGUCCUGAGGGCAGAAAGAGGGAGAUUUCUCAUCAAAAGUAACAUUGUCAAGCAUGCCUUAAUUCCUGGAACAAGAGCCAAGACAUCUGCAGUUUGGAAUUUUUUUUAUACUGAUCCUCAGCACAUCUCAAGAGCUGUGUGUAAUAUAUGUAAAAGAAGUGUGAGCCGGGGUAGGCCAGGAUCUCACUUAGGAACUUCAACACUUCAACGACACCUGCAGGCCACACAUCCCAUCCAUUGGGCUGUUGCCAACAAAGACAGUGGUGCAGUUGGAAAUGGGUUAGAUGAGCCUGAGCCUGAGAGAAAUGAUCUCGUGAGCGAUACUUUGCAUGGAGAGAAGUCUACAGGCAGCCAAGAUUUAACAGCUGAGGACCUUAGUGACUGCAAUUCAGAUGAACCUCCUGUGUUAGAGGUUAAAAAUACAAGAACUGAGAGUCCUAUUCUUGUUGCAGACCAAGAUGCUCUGAUCCUUGCAGAGGAGAGAGAAACAGCAUAUUGUGAAAAUUCAGUCUCAAGUCAAAUAAGUCAGGCAAUUAUUCAAAUGAUUGUGGAGGAUAUGCAUCCUUACAACUACUUCUCAAGCCCAGCCUUUCAGAGGUUCAUGCAGAUUGUGGCCCCUGACUAUAGGUUACCAUCUGAGACUUACUUUUUCACUAAGGCUGUACCUCAGUUAUAUGAUUGGGUCAGAGAAAAAAUUUUCUUAACUUUGGAGAAUGUUCAAAGCCAAAAGAUCCACCUGACUGUGGACAUAUGGACCCAUGACCCAUCCACUGAUUAUUUCAUUGUGACUGUACACUGGGUCUCCUUGGAAACUGUACCUUCUUCCAAUAAUGGCAGGAUCUCCAAUUUUAGAAAGUGGGCAGUACUUUGUGUAACAGGUUUGGCCAAAGACUGUUUGAUAACCAACAUUUUACAAGAAUUAAAUGACCAGAUUGGUCUGUGGCUUUCUCCUAAUUUCCUCAUCCCUAGCUUCAUUGUUUCUGACAAUUCCUCUAAUGUGGUACAUGCAAUCAAAGAUGGCGGUUUUACCCACGUGCCGUGCUUCCUGCAUUGUUUAAAUAUAGUCAUUCAGGACUUUUUCUGUGAGCAUAAAAGCAUUGAGAAUAUGUUAGUGGCUGCUAGGAAAACCUGUCAUCAUUUUAGUCAUUCAGUCAAGGCCCGUCAGAUCCUGCAAGAGUUCCAAAAUGAUCACCAACUUCCAUGGAAGAAUUUGAAGCAAGAUGAAACUGGCCAUUGGAUUUCUACCUUUUAUAUGUUAAAAUGGCUCUUGGAGCAUUGCUACUCAGUUCACCAUAGUCUUGGUAGAGCCAGUGGAGUUGUGCUCACCUCCCUUCAGUGGACUCUAAUGACUUAUGUCUGUGAUAUUCUUAAACCAUUUGAAGAGGCCACCCAGAAAGUGAGUGUGAAGACCACAGGAUUGAAUCAGGUGCUACCCCUAAUCCAUCAUCUACUCCUUUCCCUGCAGAAACUCAGAAAAGAUUUUCAAGUCAGAGGUAUUACUCAGGCCCUCCAUCUGGUGGACAGCUUAUCUCUGAAGCUUGAAACUGACACCAUACUAAGUGCCAUGCUCAAAUCCAAGCCCUGUAUCUUGGCUGCUUUGUUAGAUCCUUGCUUUAAGAAUAAUUUGGAAGACUUUUUCCCUCAGGGUGCUGAUUUAGAAACUUAUAAGCAGAUCCUUGCAGAAGAAGUUUGUAAUUAUAUGGAAUCUUCACCAGAGGUCUGCCGUAUUGUAACUUCGGAAGCUUCUGGUCCUUCAGCUAUAGUAGGAGCUGAUUCAUUUACCUCAUCUGUAAGAGAAGGCACCUGCAGUUCAGGAUCUAUUGAUAGCUCAGCUGCAGAUAAUGUUGCCACUGGAGGCAAAAGCUUCAUGCUUGCUUCUGCUAUAGCAGCAGUGGAUGAAUACUUCAAAGAGAAGUAUCCUGAGAUCUCAGGAGGUGAUGACCCUUUGAUUUACUGGCAGAGGAAGAUUUGGGGAUAUUCCCUGCCCAAAAAUUUCCUGGAAAAUUGACUAGUAUUAAGUGUGAAGAAAUCUUGAAGACCAGAAAUUGGAUCAUAUUGAAUUUUGGUGUUCUUUUUACUUUUUUUUCUUUUUAAAUCAUAUUGUUCGGCUAUGGAAGAUGGAU